AUUAACAAGGACACACUCCUCGGAAUAACCAACAAAUUACCUUAUUGUCCCAACAAACCAUUCAAAAAUCUCUAAUAUGCCAAAAUAUUUCUCACUUUUUUAAUAACCACUUUUACAAGUGACUAAUCUUCAUUAGAAAAUUUCAUGUACACACAGUGAAGGGUUUACCCUCACAUAUGACAAAAAACACAAAACACACUUAAAAAAAGUAAAGUAGUAAUAAUCAGUUUCUAAAUGGUGUUAUCUCAGAUGGGUGCUCUUCACUCCACACUUGUCUACUUGAUUUUCUUACAUUCAUUCAACACUGUUGCUUACAAGGAUCAAGAAUGGAGCAAAGCCACUGCAACUUACGCCAAAGACACAGAGGGAUCCCUCAUUACAGAAGGAGCUUGUGGUUACGGAGAUCUUCACAAAGCUAGCUACGGAAAGCACAGUGUUGGAUUAAGCACAAUUUUGUUCAACAGAGGGACUACGUGUGGGGCUUGCUACGAGAUCAGAUGUGUUGACCAUAUCUUGUGGUGUGUGCUUGGAAGCCCUUCUGUAAUUGUUACCGCCACUGAUUUCUGUCCUCCUAAUUACGGUCUCUCAGUUGAUUAUGGUGGCUGGUGUAACUUUCCAAGACAACAUUUUGAGUUGUCACAACCUGCAUUUUCUGAAAUUGCCAAAACAAAAGCCGAUAUUAUUCCGGUUCAGUAUAGAAGAGUGAAGUGUGAAAGAAGUGGUGGGAUGAAGUUUACAAUGAGUGGAAGUUCUCAUUUCUAUCAAGUUCUAAUUACUAAUGUGGGGCAAGAAGGUGAAGUGUUUGCUGUGAAAGUGAAGGGAUCUAGAACAGGAUGGAUACCAAUGGCAAGGAAUUGGGGAAUGAAUUGGCACUGCAAUGUCAACCUUCAACAUCAGCCUUUGUCCUUUAAGGUAACCAGCAGCACUGGAAAAACACUCGCAUCUUACAAUGUAGCACCAUCAAACUGGCAAUUUGGACAGACAUUUCAAGGAAAACAAUUUUAAGGAAAACUAUGUAUCAUUCAUGGAAUCAUGGUACACUAAGAUCUGUAUAUUUGUUCUUCAUGAAUCAUGAUCAAAUUGUUCCACUGUGAGUGAAAAUAUGAUUGAACAACAUUUUGUAAUAUAAAAUCUUAGGCUAAAUUAUUUUUUGAUA